CGUUAUCACUGAACUCCAAUUCCCCGCCCCGCGCUUUUUGUCUCGUUCGCCGGAGAAUCCAGUCACGGCGUUCGGCGGUUUGGGUUAGGGUUCGGCCAGGGGAAUAUAGAGUAAUUGUGUUCCGAGCGUUUGUCUAGUUCAUCUGUAUGGGGUCGGAGGAUACGGUAGGGAAGACAGGCGAGACUGAAGCAGUAUCGACGAUCGUAAAUCUUGCUGAGGAAGCCAAGGAUUAUCGUGAAGGUGUUACACCUCCAAGCCGUACUUUCCGCAGCAUCUGUAAAUCUCUCUUCGCUGGAGGCGUCGCAGGGGGAGUGUCACGUACUGCAGUUGCUCCACUGGAGCGGUUGAAAAUUUUACUUCAGGUCCAAAAUCCACACAACAUCAAGUAUAAUGGAACAGUUCAGGGAUUGAAAUACAUAUGGAGAACAGAGGGCUUCAGGGGACUGUUCAAAGGAAAUGGCACUAAUUGUGCUCGUAUUGUUCCAAACUCAGCUGUCAAGUUCUUCAGCUAUGAGGAGGCGUCAAAGGGAAUAUUAUGGCUAUAUCGUCAGCAAACAGGAACUGAGGAUGCUCAACUGACCCCACUUUUACGCCUUGGAGCUGGAGCAUGUGCUGGGAUCAUUGCCAUGUCAGCUACUUACCCAAUGGACAUGGUACGAGGUCGGCUUACUGUCCAGACCAACAAAUCACCUACACAGUACAGGGGAAUCUUUCAUGCUCUUAGAACAGUUUUUACUGAAGAAGGUCCUCGUGCUUUAUAUAAAGGAUGGCUUCCUUCUGUGAUAGGAGUUGUACCUUAUGUGGGUCUCAACUUUGCUGUAUAUGAGUCUCUGAAAGAUUGGUUGAUCAAAACUAAUCCAUAUGGAUUAGUAGAAAACUCUGACUUGAAUGUGACCACAAGGCUUGCCUGUGGCGCUGCUGCAGGCGCUGUUGGCCAGACAGUUGCUUACCCACUUGAUGUCAUCCGUCGAAGAAUGCAGAUGGUGGGUUGGAGGCAUGCUGCUUCUGUUGUCACUGGAGACGGAAAGAGCAAAACACCCCUUGAGUAUACAGGAAUGGUAGAUGCAUUUAGGAAAACAGUUCGGUACGAGGGAUUUGGGGCUCUGUACAAGGGCUUGAUUCCAAAUUCUGUCAAGGUGGUCCCUUCCAUUGCUAUUGCAUUUGUGACAUAUGAGGUGGUAAAGGACAUUCUUGGAGUAGAGAUGAAAAUACCAGAUUGAAACACAUUCCUAAGGGAGUUGAGGUUAUUUGUUGAACUUCCAUGUGAUUUCGUGCACCCUGGAAUAGUUAGAGAUGAAUAUAUGGGGAAAUUUUAUGUUUUGCUUUCUCCAUGUACAGGAAACUAGGAAGCUAUGAAGUUUGAGCCAUUUUGUGACCGGCGGCCUUGUAUUCUAUGGCCUUUUUCUUGUGGUAAUAGGGACACACUUAGUAAAGGAAUUGUCAAAUAGAAAGCUCAUUCUCUAGGUUUUAAGCUGCUCUUUAGUUACCGUUGGGGUUUCACUUUCGCACAAUUGUCGCCUUCAGUUUCAUAUUUUACCCUUUUAUAGUUCAAUUGGUAAAGAGUUGAUGGUUUCUUUUGGAUGUUA